AUGAACAACUCAGCAGCUUUGCGAAGACUCCUUCUAACACCAGCUGGCAUCCGCAGCUGUGUUAUCCCCUUCCCUCGGACUCUCCAUGCGCCAUUCCCUCGACAGUAUGCGACGGUACCAAGUCCAAACGUCGCUCAGCACUCGUUCUGGCUCGGUUUAAUCCCUAAGCCUCUUCGCAGAAGUUCUCCUUCAACAUCCUUGAAGAAAAAGAUCAAGUCAAAAGAAUGGAAUCCUGCGACAUUUUUUAUCAUUAUAUUCCUCUUCAUUGGAUCCAUGUCAAUCCAAAUGAUCGCGCUGCGGAAUGAAUUUGCUGCGUUUAGUCGCAGGGCUGAUGCAAAGAUCAGCCUUCUCAAUGAAAUCAUUGAGCGCAUAAAGAAUGGAGAAGAUGUGGAUGUAGAGGGUCUUCUAGUUUUACAAGAAAUCGAGAUGGAGGAUGCGGCAUUGGAGGCUUCAAGAAACUCGAAUUCUAAGAGGGCGCGUGGUAAGGAAGACAAAUCUACGGCAUCCACCUUGCAAGCUACGAGACCAGUUGAAAAAAUCGAAGAAAAGACGCCAGAACCCAAAACGAAGAGCAAAGCUCCGGCCGGAUUCUAUUAG